AUGGCUAGAGACGAACCCAUCUUGGCGAACCAGACUCGUCGCCUCAGGGAACAACGAACCGUGGACGUGAAGGGCAUCGGUGUCCUCACUUUUAGUCUUCGAAAUAGAUUGACUAGAUUGUACGAAGCAUUGGUUCUGCUUUGUGGUCUUAUCGAAGCUUGUAAACGCCCGGGAAGUGGCCAAUAUCGAACACCUAGCGAGACGGGCGAGCCAGGUAGCAGUUCCCGCACAACCCUGGAGUUUUUCAUCAACAAGCUGGCACAAAUCUGUGAUAACCGACCUUACGGUUCCACAGUGACAUCCCUUGCCAUCAUCCAAAAGCCUGACAAGAUGCAAUACAUCUUUGCAUCGAAUCAACGAAGCCCAGAGGAUGCUGAGUCUUCCAGGACGGUCAUCAGUCAACUCCUUGACAAUAUGGCUGUGCCGGAACGCUUCGAUGUUCGAGAUGAUGACAGAUCCCCCGUGUUUCGCCAGCUUCUCCACAACAUACUACUCUUCCAUGCGGAACGUGUCUCCCUCUACAUAUCACGUCUCAAUCAACGACUCAACCAAUGCGUUGAAAACUUGAAGGCCACAUCCUCUCAACCAGGGGAUCCUCUGCUUUACGAACUCGAAUACCUCCAAACUUUGACUGAGGUCAUGGAGCCUUUAGAUGACAAUGAAGAAGUUGCUCGCAACUCUGAACGUUUAGUCCUGGCUGCAAACGCCUUCCGCAAAAGUCCAAUGUACGAAUCGGUUAUAGAAAGGACCAGAGAGGGGCGAUUUGAUGAGUCUGAGCGCUGGUUUGAGCUACAACACUUCAUCGGACGGCUUUCCUCGUAUCACGGUGCUGUUCGGGCCAUCCUCUCCGGCCGACGACGGCUACACCCAGGCCUGUUUGAAAACUUCGAAGUCCUUUGGCUUCCAUCUAGCAAGCCUAUGCCAAACCCCAUGGACAGCCUUCAUGACUAUAUUAGGGUUGAGAAGCAACAAGAGAAGCGGUCCUCGAAGAACAUCAUUAGAAGAAUGAUGUCGGAGUCGGCAGAACGCAGCGUGAUUCUGGAACAUGCCGAAACACUUCAAGUCUGUGGCCUGGAUGAACAUAUCUCUCGACAGUGUCAGAAGAGCACAUUUUCCCCAAUCAUCCAUUGCGAGAUUCUGAUCUUACAGUAUCUUUGUCAAGAAUAUCGCGGGGAUCACCACGUCCCUUUUUUCAACGAUGCCAGAUACAUCGGUUGUAGCAAACCCACUUGCCGACUCUGCGAAUACUAUUUCAACGCGCAUAACGGUGGCAUUCAAGUUCGCUCUGGACACAAGAACGUCUACUCCAACUGGACGAUCCCCAACAUUUUCGCUGCAGGAUCAGCUGAAGCCACAGAGAGAGACAACCUGAUCGACAAGGUCAUCGCCAAGAUCCGAGAGGAUGCGCUACGUGCUUUGAGAGAGAAAGUAUCUGAUGGCAAGAGAUAUGACUCCAAUACGUACUCUUCGCAACCAACGCAUCAGUCGCUGGAUGUCCUUGCUGCACCAAGUCUCGACAGACUGGCGGUGGCAGUAGGGGCUUUGUCUAUUAUUGUCUCAACCGACAAUCCUCACUCAGUCGACGAAGACACACGGAGCAUCUGUGCAGAAGUGGGGGAAAGUGAUGUGGAUGAAGACAAUUUUUGGGAGGGCUCUGGCCUUGAGCACUCUGGCGGCGUGACCCUCUAG